AAGGGCUUUCGGGGCGGGAGCCUUUGGGGAGCGCGGGCUCUUGGAGACCGACCGGCCCCACCUGCGGAGCCUCAUCUGCGCCGGCGGCACGCAAAUUGGACGCUGCGCAACGACGGGUUAAUAAAGCGGAGCUUGGGUUAGUGUUACCGACUGCUGCGGCACCAGGUGCAUGUUCAACACUCAAAGGAGGGACGCAAGGUUGCGUUAGACGUUUUUCCAAACACUCAAGACCGACUUGGCAUUCAAUUAACAAGCAUCUAUUUUGUUACAAGUGCUUAUUUUUUAGUAAUCGCUACUAACACAACUUUACUAGCUAAAGUUUAGGUGGGCUACUAGCAGCACGUUAUUCUUACUUAGUUAUUUUAAUAAAUAAAUGGCUAAUUAUAAGUACUAUCAUCUAAUAUGUUACAGGUGACCAUCUGAGUCUAGUCUAAUAAACCUUGGUAGCCUUAUAUUGGCAUAAAGAGCCGUUUGUAACUCGAAUGCGCGAGACUUCCGGUGUCACGCGCUAGCUAUUUUUCCUCUACAAAUAUGUCCGUUGUGUAUCUUGAUAUUGCAGACCUGUGUUCGUUAUCAUUAAAAAACAUCACCACGAUCACAAACGCAAUGGUUUGCAUCGCAAAUAGGUAUCUUUGUUAUUCUUGUAGUUAUUACUAUAUAGCGGAGGCCUAACGAACCGGAAGUCUCGCACAUUCAUAAGACUAGCUCACGUCCACAUUGUAAAAUAAGAUGAAAACGGCCUAAGUGCCAUUGUUUAGUUACUUGUGCAAAGCACGCAAAGUCGGAAAUUAGUUUGAUUGUUCAAAAUGGUUGUGCAAAAAUCUUUAAAUAGUAACCAGUAGCCAGAAUAGUAAUGCAUGCUUACAUCUACAAUAUUAUCAUGUCAGGAUAUAGUAGCCUAGAACUUUAUAAACACGCAUCUGCUAAACACUCGAGACAUUACUAGACAUCCACUGUUUAUAGAAAAAUCUAGCUACUAAAAAAAUAGGUCUUGGAGCUAUUUUCGCUUGAUGUUUUCACAAAGCAACAGGAAGCGACGGUGAAAUAGCGCGCGCUCCUGCAUUCUUUGUUUUACUUGCAACUUGGAAAAGCGAAGUACAGUGACACACAAAUGCAGCUUGUAGUUGGUCGCGAGGAACGACUGUCAAAGCAACCCGACGCGGACGCGUUUAAUCGGACGUUACGGCCCGCGCGCUUUAUUCCCGCAGCAGCAACGCGUUUCGGUUUGUCAAAGCGUUGAUGGAUGUUAUAUACGUGCGUGCAUAUAGACACAAUAACAGCUCCGGAGCAUCCUCUACCCCAGCCCACCCCACCCGCGGGGCAAUGUCUCAAAGCACGUCACCGUGAGUGUGUGUGUGUGUGUGUGUGUGAGAGAGAGAGGAAGGAGAGAGAGAGAGCGAGAGAAAGUAGAUGUGUGCAGACAACCUGCCUGCGCGUAAUUCUGGGAGGACUCUCCGCCGAGCAACGACACAAUAAACACUCACGGAACCGCAAGAGUUUCCCCCGGUGGAGUAACAAUAAGCACUUGAAUCACGUCGCGCCAUCCAGUCAGGAGUGCGCCGUCAAUCUGCAGCCAUGUAUCUGAACAGGGAGGAGGAGUACAGCAAAGGCUCCCUGUCUUUGAGCGUGCUGCUGGUGUCGUUGGCGGUAACCGUGUGUGGCGUUUGGCUGGUAGCUCUCUGUGGCGUCUGCGGAUGGUGUCAACGCAAGCUGGGGAAGAGAAAUAAACCAGGAGUGGAGUCCGUGGGGUCUCCUGAUUCAGGAAGAGGAAGAGGAGAGAAAAAAGCCAUCAAUGAUUUAGACAGAGACUUUUGGAAUAACAAUGACAGCAGUUCAGUACAGCAGCGCUGGAGCUCAUACCCACCCAAGGAGUUUGUACUAAACAUUUCUCCUUAUGCCCCUUACGGAGAUCCGCGCCUCACACUCAAGUGAGUCUCUGUUCAGGCCGGUAAGAGACACAAACCCCUGACCCACAGCUCAUAUCACCCCCCUGACCCCCUAACCCUCAGGAUCUGUCUAGAACUCAGACAGGAAUCGACCGUCUGAACCAAACAGCGCCGUAAUAUGUUUCCCCGGAGCACAAAAACGGUAGCGCUGAUGUACGGUAGCAGCCGUACGUCAGCGAAAAGCUCAUUUAUUCAAUCAACGGAAAAAAAGCGACAGCUUUCGCGCUCCGGGAUCACAUAUACGAUUCGCUUCUUGAUAACGUGGAAGUCACAUUUUUAUAUUUAUGCUCGGAACCGAACGGGAAACAAGUUAAUAAGCAUGUGUCGGUCCAUCAGCAGUUUUCCGCUGAUGCGGAGAAAUAUCUUGCAUUCUGCUGCACAAUUGUUUUUUUUUUUUGUAGAUUUAACAAUGCACUAAUUCAGCUCAUUUUAGUUACUGUGUUUCGGUUGAGUGGGCUGUAAUAUCAAAACUGUGUAGUUCGCAGUUUAGGGCUCCUCUGUUAGUGUGUAAUUAUGUUUUGGUGUGCAGUGGGCUAUAUCUAAAAAUACUUAUUUAUAUAUUAAUUAUUAAUAUUUG